CUCUUUUCCCUAGGACGUUGCACGAAUUCCUGAUAUGCGUCAGACAUAAUCACUCACUUCACAAUCGUUGUUUCGAGGCUGUCGGACUCAGCGCAGGAGGUCUUCGUGUCAUCUUCGACGCCGAGGAGUACCAACAGCUGAGAGUGCUGUAGUCUGUAGAGGUUGAGUGAAAUCCAAUUUGCACCCAUGCUUUUGUCUAGAGCAUGGCGGAAGGGCCUCAACCCUGGCCUGAGCUACCGCCCGUCGCGUCCCGUGUGCCUGCAUCCUUUCUCUACCACACCGAUCCCAGACCACGACGCAGGCAAAGAACGCAGAAAUCCUAUCCUUGUCGACCCGCCUCCCCCAGGCCUACAUUCUACUGCGUCGCAGCAUUUGCGUCCUCACAUUGACCCGUUCGUUCAACACGGCCUGGACGUGGAGUCUGACCCGGAUGCGCUGACGGAACUUUUGUAUGCGUCUUUUCUCCGAUUGUCAGCGAGUUCAGGCCGAACUUCAUCUACUAGGGAUCUCAAUUUCCAACCCAUUCCGUCGCCAGCACCCGUGCCCCAUUUCACAUCGAGCGCCGAGAUACCUGUAAUGCCACAAGUCAGUAAGGAUGAACGGAACGGACUGGAUACAUUUGACUUCUCAUCACGCCACGCAGCGCGAUUAGAGGACCAUCCUCAAGUCCCGGAUGCGUCUACCAAGCAGGAGAACGCCGUCAAACUAUCUGCGUAUUCGAAGGACGAGCACCUUCAUCCUUCGUCGUUCCACUCGUUCGAGCAACCACAGCGUCGCUACAGGUCCGAAAGACCCUCAUCAGAGCCCGUGUUGCAACGGCCUCAACGACGACUUGUUUAUCUGAAACCCAAUUCAAACCUGCUUGGCCAAGAAAGAAAAGUAUUGGAGACUUUCCUCACGAAGGCGGACGGUGUUGAAGGCUGGCACGAAUACGACGAGAAUCCGGGGGCCUCGAAAUACUUUGCUGUCCUUUUUCGCGAGAGUAGAGACGCUAAGAGAGCACUGUUUCAUUGGAAAUGGCUGAAUAAGAGACAAGCACUGGGGAAAGCUCAAGCAGGAGGACGUUCACUGUUCCUUUCGCACACCCCGCGAGCCGUCACCGCACAUCAUCUUCUUACAUCGGCAGUGGGUUUGAAUUCCACGGCACUUGGCUUGGAGAUAGAAUACGGGACAGAGCGUGACGCACUGUCUGCUUAUAACCGAAGAGGCUCACUCCCCGUUGAUUUUCUGGGUGCCCUGCAGUCCAGACAGAUUAGCAAAUCGUCGGCUCUGCAGACACCUGUAUCACGCAUGGACGCUUCGAUCAUCGCUCUACUUCGGUUGCAGGCUGCGUCCUCUCAGUCAUUGAUUCCCUCGACGCUAGGGAACAUAGACGAAUUGUCGGAUGACGCCUUGCUGGACACGUUGUUUAAACUCGUGCUCGACGCAGACCCAGACUAUAUGCCACUGGACACGGAUACUGUCAGGGAACUCGGGAUCUUGGCUGCAAAGAGAUCUGUUAUCCCAGUCACAGUGACUGCCGUGCGGACCGUAUUCUGGAAAGCACCCGAUGCCAAAGAGAGCUUCGACUACCUCAAGAUGAUGAAUGACCUCAUUGAACUUCGCUGCAAGUUUGUCUCCGACGAUCCGGAGGAAUGGCUUUCGAGCGUCUACCGCCAAGGCUUCUGUCAAGGGAUCGAACUUUCCCGCCCAAAGCCGUCAGGGACUACCGACACCACUCAACUCUUCAAGACCCUGUUCGCAUCCCAACAUCCGGUAGGGGAUCCCGACUCGGAGGAUCUCGCACCUAGAAGACAACCGCAACUCAGGAAAGAAAAUGUCAUUUUCCGGCACGCGCAGGACCUUGUCGUAACCGCAAUGGCUGAGAAAGGCCGUUCGCUAAGUACAGGUUCCGGCUUGCUCCAACUACGGGGAUACCUAAAGCAACGCCACGUAUCGCACGACCCAACUCAGUUGGCCGUAUAUCUUCACGCAGCGGAUCCUUCGAAUGUUCAUCGGAUGUUCGAUGUCUGUGAGCAGCUCUCCGAUGACGAGCUCCACAAGGCCUGGAUUACAGCUGUAAUGCAUUUUCUGUUUGACAGAGGGCAAUAUCCGGCUGUCGUAUAUCUGUUUCGGCUCGCCUUCAACUCAUCCAAAACCCCGACGCGAGCUAUCGAGAUCGCACAGUCGUUCUUGGCCUUGCAUCCCGAGUUUGAAGGCGAUACGCUCACAAGCGAAAAGGAAUGGCUUGCGCCAGAAACGGCCAUCUCUCUUCUAAUGCGCACGCUGAUCGAGAUGGAUCCACAGCCAACUUCGAUUUCGCAACUAUUGGAUGAUUGUUUGGACGGAAAGAUGGAUAGUCCACCAAUUUACUUAUCCGUUUUUGAGGCUUUUGUCGAUGUAUUUGCAAAGGCCGGGCUGCGCACCGAGCUGGACCGGCUUAUGAUGCGUGGCCAAGACCUGCUCUCCAAGUCCGACUUUGACAUUCUCGCCUGUCGAGUCUUUGCUGUCUCUGGCCGUAUUUCGUCGGCAUACGAUUGCCUCGAGUCCCUGCGCAGCUCCGCAUCAGGAGAGCAAUUCGAGCGAGCCCUGCGCAGCAUGCCCUCAAAUCGGAUGCUUGACAUCUAUCGGGCACUGAUACUUCCCAAAACAACUUCGGGCAAGCAGUUUUCUAACGCCGAUGUUCCGAUUGCCCUUGACCUGAUCGACCAUCUCAAGUUGUCUGCCGUCUGGGCAAACGACCGCGAGGCUCUUUACGAUCUGGUCUCGUAUGGUUUCUUGCGCGCCAAAGCAUAUGGCAUCAAGUCAGCCUUAUCGAGGCACCGCCAGGGAAUCCAAGUUCUUCGAGAGCCCGAACCCACUACGGAUUACACGCCUGCAGCUUGCAUGCCGCAUAUCUUGGCGUUGAUUCAGGAAAAGGACUCCGAUCUGGUCAAGCCGCUACAGAUGUUGGAUGAACACUCUGAAGAGCUUUCCAUCGACGACUGGGCUGCAGUCCUUCGCGAAAUGGUUUCUCUCAAAUCGCUCCUCGGGGCUUUCGCUGUGGAGGAAAAGAUUCUGGCAAUGUGGAAUCCGGCUGUACACACUGAAGCUGACUUGAUGAUGAUCAUCAACCCUUCACGAGAGCUCUGGCUCAAAUCUGGACAGGCUCAGCGAUUCUUGGGUGCAAAACCAGCCUUAAUCGAAUAUCUUACGACACAAUCGGGUGCUUUAGGCACUCAGUUGCGAGUAUGGCAGAAUGCCAACGCUGCGGAGCGUACUGCUAGUGAGACAUAAUGAACGAGAGAAACCCAAAGCUAUCUCGAACUUUCGUGUUCUCUACUAUUUUGGACUGCCGGAGGUACCCUUUUUACGAAUGGUCUAUUGCUCGGACAAAGACAUAGUAGUGACAUGGGCUAAUGGGCGAUGACAAUGGAAGGAACUUGAUCAGCGGUAGCCACCACAAAGAGUGUACUCGGACAGAGCGAGCGAGAAGGAAUCUGUGUCAGAUGGGCGUCGGCUCCGCUUUAAGUAACGAGAGUUGCUUCGGGACCGGGUACGCCCGAUAGCCUGGUCAAACUGACUUCUCGAAGGAACGCCAGCCACCGCUUAGCGCAACGGCCAGGAGAGGGCCAGAGAGGGCCAGAUCCACUGGCGACCGUCGGGGAUCGCAGGCUGACGCCCAUCUCUGGGCAGUAUUCAAUCCUCGACGGGCGAAUCGUCUCACACUCGAGUGCUUGCUGACAAGCAGGUCAUGUUUGACCAAUCAGAACUCUGCUGCUCGCUGUGGCGCAUACUUGCAAGAUUUGGACUGGAGAGAGCGCCAACAGAUGGCAGAGAACGCCCGCCCAAUCAGCGCUGUGGGAGAUGGCCACACUCUUCUGACGCGAGGUGCAGAUCUGCACACGCAUUGAGUUUGCUUGUUUUACGGACCAGGCGAUCGCCAAGGAAGUCUUGUGAGCGCGAGCGCGAGGGAGCAAGAGCGGGCGACGCAGACCCGAGAUGGACAUUGGACACUGGACAGACACAGCACGAGGCGCGGAACAAGCUGGAUGCCGGCGGGUCACAUCAUGGCAUUGGCAGCCAGGUGCCUGGCACGCCGCGGUGGCUGUACAAUGUUAUUUUGACCUCGCACUCGAUAGGGAUGACCCUGCAGGGGCUGCCCGACAUUUCUUCCCUUGUCACCUCCAGGAUUCUUGCGAGCUCGGUUCCAGUCCACCGUAGAGUUUCUGUAUUUUUUGUUGUGUGACCGGAAAGAGAUCCUUCUUUCGGACUCCGGAGACUUGCUUUUGGCACUCACCGCCAACCGACGCUCCUUGCCCAACGCUCCCUCCCUCACGGGGCCCACACUCUUUCCUCCGCCAUGUUUACCCCUCCUCCCUCCCCGAACCGCCCCUCCGACGUGCCACGAGCCUCGAGCGGCUACUCUCGCCAAUCGACCUCGAGCGUUCCUGAUUCCCCCCCACCGCCUUCAGGUGAUCGCUCGCCUUUUCCUCCUCGCACCCUGUCGCAGGACAGCCUCAAGCGGCGCAUCGGGAGGCGAACAAAGUGGACUGUAGUCUUGGUCCCGUUGGCGUUGGUCCUCAUCACUGCUUCGACGCGAUUCUUGACGCACCCGGUGGCCUUCGAUAUCUUCAGCGGCUCACCGACAUCACCCUGGCCCAAUUUACCUUGGCAUGCCACGGACUGGUCUCUGCACAAGCGACAUGGACAGGGACUGAACGCUCGGGACGAUGCGACUACGUCUGCAGCCGCUUCGCUUAGUGGCUUGCCUGCGGGGGCUUCUGUUUCGCCGGUUGGUAGUGCUACCAGUGGUUCUUCUUCACCGGCCACGACGACGGCCAUCGUAAACCAGGCGGUCCCUACGAUUCCCGCGUCCCCACCAGGCCUUCCGUCUCCAUUCCCUCAGGCGUACGACUCGAAUCUCAGCCAAAAUUUUUCGUCCCUUUCGUGUUUCAACUUCUUUUCGAAUAUGACGAAUUCUGUUUCGUUCCGGUCCUGUCGUCCGUUUUCGCUGCUGCUGCAGAGCUCGCAGGCCUUCAUCAAUGCACAGACCGACCUCAAUUUGCUGAAUAACAUUGUCUGGGGCACAUGUAGCACGACGAUAGACAACGCGCAAUGCUCUGAGAAUAUGGCCUGGUUCUCGAACCAGCUCCUGACCGCAUGUGCGGCGGAUCUCACGGCGGGGAACAGUAUGGCUGUGAGCACCCAGAUCGGUUUAAACGCGUUUGAUCUCAUGCGGUCGGCGGGAUGUCUAUCGGACCCGACAACGAACACCUACUGUUACGUUGAUGCCGUCCACAACGCGAAUCCAUCCGACGUGUACUACUAUUCAGUCCCGCUCGGCGUCUCCCUCCCCAACAACAGCAUCGCCAGCUGUUCGCCCUGCACGAAGAGUCUGAUGACGCUCUAUUACGGUUCGCUCGAGAACACCACGCAAAGCGGGAAUGGCCACUUGUCGGCCCUGAACACCGUCUAUGACUCCGCAGCAAAGCUGGCUGUCCAGGACUGCGGCACCAAUUUUGCCUCGCUCUUGAAGUCUGCCGGCUCUCCCAUGAGAUCCGUGUCUCCGUUGACUUUACUGCUCACGCAGUCUGCUCUACUGCUGCUCCUGCUGAGCUCGACGGUGCUCCUCGCGUGACAUCCCACACGCGUUUUUCAUGAAAUUGUACUCCCUCCUUUCUCCUUCUCGCGGGGCACAUCUGUGUGCUCCCCCUUGGGACUUUCUUCUAGGUUCGGCCGGUACUUACAACCCACCCUGACUGCUCGGCUCGUCGUUUACAUCCUAUUUAUUCAUUUGAUCACCGUUCCCACUUGCGCUCCGCUACCCCGGAUUCCAACUUUUAGUGCAACGCUCUCUACUCGCACAUUCUCUCGCUACACACGCAUUGUUACUUUAGCCCCACCCAUAAGCAUCUAGCAAACACCGAAAGAGGUCUUCCAAUAGGGGAUGUAACGAAUCACUUUCUAGUAGUGUAAAAUGUCAAGGUAUUGCCCGACGGCUACGUACUAGCUCAUA